CAGCUUCGGAAGCCAUGUGGGCCAGGCGGGUCCCGGGCAUGGCAGGACUCCUCCCCUUUUCUCCCUCUAGGAUUCGAGUGCUGUGAAAGGAAUCUCGAGAGAGAUUUAGAGAUUGAACUAUGGAGAAAGUGCUGUGCUCCGCUCACGGGUUCCCCUGUUUUUUGAAAACUGGAAACCGAGAUGGCCCAAAUAAAGGCAAAAGCCUUUAUAUGUGUGGAGUCCAAAAUCAGCCAUGUGGCUUUGUGCUCCCCACCGAUCUUUCCCCUUCUCAUUGCUUGGUGCAUGAAGAAUAUACAGUGGAGCUGCAAGUUCUGAUUAAGCAACCAAAGACAGACCUGUACCGAUUGUUUUAUCAAUGCAAUAAAGGUAAAGCAGAAGGGAAGAACAUGUGUGGAAAUGUCCCCUGGAAGGAUUCAAAUACCACUGUACUGCCAGCUAAUCCACAGUCUCAGCGCACUUUGGAAUUGCUGCAUGAUCAUAGAAAUCAAAGAAACCCAUUUAAAGUUUCAAACAGUAGUCACAAGGCAUUUUCUUUCGAACAAAUGGAUGACAGUGGAGACAGAAAUUCAGUAGAAAAAGAAAAUCAGAAAAGAGAUGUCCAGAACUCUGAUGAAGAACACCAGCCCAACUUCCAGGCUCAGUCUGUCAAGAAAGAAUUUUCAUCAGCCAUGCACAUAAAAAACAAAGAUUUUGGAGACAGAUUUGAAAGUUCAUCUAGGGAAGAAGCAAAAACUCAAAUAAAACCGAAUGAACCUCAGACUGAAAUAGAAAAAAUAACAUUGGAUAGACACAAAAGUAAUUCUAGCAAAAGGUUGGAGAUUCCAUCUAGCCACAUGCAAAAGAACUCAUCUUUGAGAUUUAUUGAAGGUGAUUUGCAGAAAAACGGAAAGCCAAAACAAUCAUUGUCAAGCUUGAAUUGCCACACAUCAAGCAUAAAACCUAUUAAUGGAGAGCAACUUGGAAAAGAAGAACCAGAAACUUGUAGAAGCAAAAUAGUAACAAUGAAAAAAAGUGGCAACUGGAAAACAGAAGAAAAGACACUGAUACCCACAGAGUUUGUGACUCUUCAGGAACCAAGAAGUUUGUCAGUAGAACAUGCUGGAGACAAUACAGAAAAAACACCAAUACUAUUACUGAUGGGGAAAGCUCCAAAAGAGCAAAGGUGUACAGAGAAACAUUUGGACAGUGAUAAACAAGAAAGAUUUGUGUCAUUCAAAUCACCUAUUGGGCAGGCAGUUGAUUCCCAGCAAGGAAAGGAUUGCAGUCAGAAGAAUUUGCCUGACGUUCAGAAUUUGUCUGAAGUGGCCUCUUUGCAGAUCGCUGACAGUGUGGAUUACAAAGCUCUUCACAGCAAACUUGCAGCUCAGCUGAAGCAGAAGCAGAGGACUUUGAAAGCAGUGAAUGUCCAAGCUCUCCCAGAUAAGGGUGAACGAUUAUUAAAGCAAGUGCAGGAGUUAGAAGCUGCACUUAGCUCUUGUAACCUGGAAGCAGAAGAAAGUGUGAAGGAAGCCAGUUUUUGCAGAACAGAUGUGAGGCGUGAGAAGAUACAGCCUGAUCUGUUAACUAAGGUCAGCCUGGUGCAGCCAGGUCUUGCCACAGGGAAAGAGCCACAGCUAUUCCAGAAGGAUCCUGUGCUUAGUUCUUUUGAACUCCAUCCUCCAUUGGGAUCUGAUGAUUCCAACAGGCAGGCUCUUUAUGGAGGCGGAAUGACUGAUGAUCAUCAUCAGGCAGUACAAAAUGCCACAAGCGAUGCAAUUAGUCAGCUCCAUAAAUCUCUUGAAUCUUGCCCCACAGAGAGGACCAUAAAUGAAGAUCCACCUGGAUUGAAGAUCGCUCUGCUGCUGCAUCAAAAGCAAGCCCUUAGUUGGCUUUUGUGGAGGGAGACUCAGAAACCAUGUGGAGGAAUUCUAGCGGAUGAUAUGGGUUUAGGGAAGACUUUAACAAUGAUUGCUCUCAUCCUGGCCCAGAAAUGCAUACAAAAAGAAAAAGGGAAAGAGAAGAAAUUAGAGCUUUGGAUGUCAAAACAAGAUUCUAUUGAUACCUGUUCAUACGGCACCCUGAUUGUCUGCCCUGCAUCUCUGAUUCAUCACUGGAAAAAGGAAGUGGAAAAACACGUAAAACAUGGCAAACUGAAAGUGUGCUUAUACCAUGGACCUAGCCGAAUUAAGAAUACUAGUAUUCUUUCUCAAUAUGAGAUUGUUAUCACUACUUACAGUAUUCUAGCCAAGGAAAUUCCUACACAAAAAGAACAAAUAGGUGUUGCUGAAGAUCGUCUAGUACAGGAUAAAUCAUUCCCCUUCUCUCCUCUUGCUUGGAUACACUGGGCUCGAAUUAUACUGGAUGAAGCCCACAAUAUCAAAAACCCCAAAGUGCAGGCCUCGGAAGCUGCCUGUAAACUGAAAGCUACUGCCAGAUGGGCUGUCACUGGAACACCUAUUCAGAACAACCUCUUGGAUAUGUACUCUCUGCUUAGGUUCCUUCGUUGUUCUCCUUUUGAUGAGUUUAAAGUAUGGAAGAGCCAAGUGGAUAAUAAUACAAGAAAAGGAGGAGAGAGAUUGAUGAUUUUAAUCAGGUGUCUUUUACUACGAAGAACUAAAGACCAGCUUGAUUCAUCUGGCAAGCCUUUAGUGUCUCUGCCUCAGCGUUGUGUUCAGGUGCAUAGGUUGAAACUCUCUGAAGAUGAACAGUCAGUAUAUGAUGUGCUUUUCAAACGAUCAAGAUCAACAUUGCAGUCAUUUCUCAAGCGCCAGGAAACUCCAUAUACAGGCUAUUCUGGAGACAACCCAUUUAAUAUGAGAGCACAGCAGUUUAAAGUGUGUCAGCAGGAUUCCUCGGGAAAUAUGGUGAAAGAUAGCCCUCCCAUCUCCACCACCAUUCACAUCUUGUCCCUCUUGCUGAGGCUUCGUCAGUGCUGCUGCCAUCUUUCUUUGCUGAAAGUGGCUCUUGACCAGGCUAACAUGAAUAGCGAAGGCAUCUCUCUCUCUCUGGAGGAACACCUCAGUGCUUUGACUCUGUCUGAACCUGAUAGUAGUAAUCCAUGCCCAGUGGUGAAUCUCUUUGGUACAGCUUUUGCUGCUGAUCUUUUUGAAAUGACCAGGCAGAGCACCAAGAUUUUUCAUCUCUUAGAAGAACUGAAGGGAAUUCAAGAUCAUUCUCAAAAAUGUGUUGUUGUAUCUCAGUGGACAAGUAUGCUAAAAAUUGUGGCAAUACAUCUUGACAAGCUUGGCCUGAAGUAUGCCACAGUAGAUGGUUCAGUGAACCCGAAACAGAGGAUGGAUGUAGUUGAAGAAUUCAACAGUAAUCCUCAAGGAACAAAGGUGAUGCUGAUUUCACUUCUGGCUGGAGGUGUUGGCCUUAAUCUGGUUGGAGGAAACCAUCUCUUCCUUCUAGACAUGCACUGGAAUCCAACACUAGAAGAUCAAGCCUGUGACCGCAUUUACCGGGUGGGGCAGCAGAAGGAUGUUAAGAUCCACAGGUUUGUUUGUGAAGGGACUGUGGAAGAAAAGAUCUCAGAGCUGCAAACUAAGAAAAAAGAAUUAGCGCAGAAAGUGUUGUCAGGAAAAGGAGAUUCCUUCACCAAGCUCACUCUGGCUGAUCUCAGAGUUUUGUUUGGCAUUUAGCUGUUUAUUUUUUAUUUCCCCCAAUACACAGAACAAGUGUGCUUUUGAAAAGUUCACUAUUCUAUAUUAAUAAAACAACUGAAUAAUA